UUUUCGUUUUAUAAAUAGUAAAAAUUAAAUCUUUAUGCAUAUUGGAAUUUUCUCAUCAGAAUCCUAAAACCAAUUAACACUAGUAAAUAACAUAUUGGAAAAAUCAAAUAUUAUGUUCUUCAAUUCAACAAAAGUAGCACAGAAAACACCAACCCAUUGAACUUUUCAACACAUUGAACUUUCAAAUUCAAUAUCAUAAUGAAUCUUAUUAAUUCUCCAAUUCUUGGUGCAAAAGUAUCAUUGCAUUUCUUCACCCCAAAACCCAAAGCUAUUAUCAAAAACCCCCACAACAACUCUCAUAUUACUAUGAUGCUAAAAAAACGUGUUAACUCAGACGAGUCAAACAAACUCACCACCACCACCACUGAGUUUGAUGACUCGCUUGAAUCAUCCACCACCACCACCACCACCACCAAACCAUGCUUAUGUGGAAGAAGGCACUUCAUUGAAGCAACUGCAACUACACUCACAGCAGCCACACAGUCUGCCACAGCCACAAAUUCAGAUUCUGAGUACACAGCUUUGGUUAACAAGUUUCACCCACCUAAACCUGAUUGGUAUCAAAAGUUCUUUGCUUGGGUUCUGAACUCAUUUACUAAAUCUUAUGAAGCUGAGGUUGCUCGGUACAAGUCUCAGAUCUUCAGUAUCUUGAAGGAGAAGAAGGCUAACAAAAUCUUGGAGAUUGGCAUUGGAACUGGUCCUAAUCUCAAUUAUUAUGCAAGUGAUUCUAAUGUGCAGGUGGUUGGCAUUGAUCCUAAUCCAGAGAUGGAGAAGUAUGCUCGGUCUUCUGCUACAUCGGCUGGAUUUCCACUCUCAAAUUUUGAAUUUAUACAUGCUGUUGGGGAGGUUAUACCAUUAAGUGACGCUUCGGUCGAUGCAGUUGUUGGAACACUUGUCUUGUGUUCUGUUAAAGAUGUCGAUCUGACGCUUAAAGAAGUGAUGAGGGUGUUGCGACCUGGUGGAGUCUAUGUGUUUGUGGAACAUGUAGCUGCAAAAGAUGGAACAUUUCUCCGAUUUUUACAGGGAGUUCUUGAUCCACUGCAACAGACAAUUGCAGACGGGUGCCAUCUUUCUAGGGAAACAGGAGAGAGUAUAGCAAAAGCUGGAUUUUCAAGUGUUGAGCUUGACAUGGCAAUCUUAUCAAAUGCUACAUUUGUAAAUCCUCAUGUAUAUGGAAUAGCUAAGAAAUAGCAGAUUUGUAUCAGAUUUACAAAUGACUAGAAUCCUUUCAAUAGCUAAGAAAUGAUAAUGAAAAAGAAUUUUUUUUUGUGCCCUUUAAA